AUGGAUAGAUGGAUCUACGAGCCGCGGUUGACGCUGCUGUUUGACGCUGACGUGCUGGACUCUUUCGGGGAGCCUGGGCUGUGGAAGCCCCAGGACACCGUGGAGAUCAUCAGCAGCUACAGACUGGUACCGAAGAAAUCAAAGGUGGUGCUGCUGUCUUGUGGGUCUUUCAACCCAGUGACAAAUAUGCACCUGCGCAUGUUUGAACUGGCAAGAGAUCACCUGGAGGACACGGGACGGUAUGAAGUGGUGAAGGGGAUCCUGUCACCAGUGGGCGAUGGCUACAAGAAGAUAGGCCUGAUCGAGGCCAGCCAUCGGGUGGAAAUGGCCAAGCUGGCGGUAGAGAGCUCCAGCUGGAUUGAGGUGGACAGCUGGGAGAGCAGGCAGGCCGACUGGCAAGAGACAGUCAAAGUGCUACGGCAUCAACAACAGGAACUGCUCUCCCAGGAACCGGACACUGAUGUGGUAGGCACUGCAAAACCUGGCAGGAAAAGAAAACGCAUGGAUGCCAGCAGUGCCACCAAGAGGAGGAAGCUCGAAGAGCCUGAUAUUGCACCUAAAAAAACAGGUGAGCCGCGCGUGAUGCUACUCUGCGGUGCUGAUGUGCUGGAAUCAUUCGGUGUGCCGGGGCUGUGGAAGCCUCAGCACAUCGAGGAGAUUGCCAGCACAUUUGGACUGGUGUGCAUCACCCGCGGCGGAUCGGAUGCGGAAGCCUUCAUACAGGGCUCCGACCUCCUCUUGCCACACCGCAGCAACAUCCACGUGGUGCAGGAGUGGGUGGCCAACGAUGUGUCGGCCACUCGCAUCCGCCACGGGCUGCGGUGUGGCCACAGUGUCCGCUACCUUCUGCCCGACCCGGUGCUCGGCUACAUUCAGGAGCGGCAGCUGUACAAUGCGGAGAGUGAGCAGAGGAACGAAGGGGUUGUGCUGGCUCCUCUCCAGAAAUAUUCUGGUCCGGCGGCUCAGGGCGGGAAAGCGGUGCAGCAUCAACACUGUUUAUGGUGGGGAUGGGGGUGCUGCUGACUUCAGCUGGGAGAGGGAAGUCUGGGUUUCCCUGCUUAGACUGCUGCUCCCGCGACCCGACCUGGAAAAGCGGUAGAUGAUGGAUAGAUGGAUCUGUA